AAUUUUGUAGUGCAUGAAUGUUUAUUGUAAUAACUGAUUAAUAAUCCGGAACCUCUUGGCAUUUCCCACCAGAUUCUAAAAUUAUUUAUUUACAUUGACUGGUUUCUCUCGUGUCGAUAAUUUCUGCAUAUCACAUGCAUUACUUAUAUCCAAUUAAGGUGCCCAGAUUUAUGUUUAAAAAGCCGCCAUAAGUUUUUCCAUGCUAGAGCCUAGCUGCGUAAAUUGUCAGAAAAAGUAUAUCAUAAGGACUUAUGAGCUACGAUUCUGCAGCUAUCUAAACUAAAGCAGAGCCUAUGCAUGCAGGCAGAAGAAGAGAUAUUGGCAGGCCUCCCCCUGCACAGAUACAAAGCUGUAGAUAAAACCUUCACAACUUUGGAAAACAGGAAAUCAAGAUCCAACUUUCUAACAGACCUUCAGGAUACACUUGACAGUCUUCAACUUCAGUUUGCAAGAAUAGAAGAGGAAAUACCAGCAGCCAAAAGUAAGCCAACACAAAAGACAAAGACAAAAUUUGUCCAUAAGAGUCUGCAUGAAGAACUCAGGAUCAUGAGAGAGGCCCACCCAGACUCAGGGGCAGCACCAAGACAAACUUUUUUAAACACCUCUAACAGACUGUGGAGAAAGAAGGUGAUGCCUCUUUUAGGCUUCAACCCAGCAAAACAUGAAGGUACUUUUGGUGGUUCAUUCAAGGAACAGAUUUACCUGUCAACCCUUCCAGAGUGCUGUUUUGACCUGGUUAUAGAUGUAAUCAACUCCCAUGAUGCUGGGUUACUGCACCAAUCAAAUAGGAAGGAAACUACCAUUAAACCAGGACUUUUUAAACAUCUUGUUGGUGUCAAAUCGGAAGUAGUAGUGCACAGACAUCUAAGUCAACUGAAUAGCGGACUGAUCAAUCUGCCAGAGUUUCGUCAACAGACCAAAGAUAUAAAGCUUCAGCAUCAGAGUCAAAACAGCACACCAAGUGGCCCAACAGUGAGACGGUUACAGAAUGAAAUUCUUCGACUGAAGUCCCGAGUUGAAGAGUUGGAAGAGUUGGUUGAAAGAAAUCAGACACCAGAUCAGGAUGUGUAUGAAUUUGAUGACACUGACCUCUCACUCAGAGAACAAGAUAUGGAGGUUACAAUUGAGAAUGAAGAGUUGGAUGUCAUUCCUGAUACACCAACAGGUUCACAAGUUAGAACCAUUCCAGAAACACCAUCCACUUCCAAGGCAACCAGUAGCAGAAAAAGAAACAAAGAAGGAGAGCUUCUAAACAUCCUUGACAGACUCCGUGAGCGUGCAGAAAAAACACAAGAAGAUGACCAGACAGAAGAGAUUCAUGUCUUUACUAAAGGUGAAAAGGUGUCUGCCUACUAUUCCAAUGAUAAGAAAUGGUACGAUGCUGUUAUUACUGCAGUUUUAAAAGACGGCUAUCGCAUCAAAUAUGUGUUAGAUGGGUUUAGAGAAGUGAUUAAAGAUACUGCAUUGUUGAAGAAAAUGUGAUUUAAAGAACUAUGACAAAAGACAGUGUAUAAGAACUUAUGUUAGAAUGAUGUUUUUAUUAUUCAUAGUGACAAACAAAUAUUUUGCUCUGUUUUGAAAGAGAACAAUUUAUUUAUUUAUUUAUUGCAAAGUUUAAACUUAACUUUUCUGUUUUGUAUUUGUGCUUUACCAUUCAGCUAUCUCGAUGGUUCUUAAUGUGAUUUAAAGAACUGUGACAAAAGACAGUGUAUAAGAACUUAUGUUAGAAUGAUGUUUUAUUAUUCAUAGUGACAAACAAAUGUUUUGAUCUGUUUUUAAAGAGAGUAAUUUAUUUAUUUAUUUAUUUAUUAAAAAGUUUAAACUUAA